GAUAUGCUUCGGUUAACGCUUAUCACGUUUUGUCGUCGAAGAAGUCGGUGCUACGAUGCCCGGAAAUUCACGAUAUCUGCAAACACUGCUACUUCUCUGCGUCGGUUCUACGAUUUUCUGUGCGAUUUUUAUUACUUUCGAAAGCCUCUCUUCUACCGGGAGAAUCUGGAAGAAAGAAGUUGCGAGGCACGAGGAACAUCCAGCGAAGGAAACGCGAGACAGUUUAACGACAUUGCCGCAUAAACGGUAUAUGACUACAAGAGAACGAGAACGGGAACGGGAACAGAUUUAUAGAACGUCGUUGCUUGGGAGAUGGCUACUCUCCUCGGAGGGAAGCUUACCACCGCCGAUAGUAAACAAUAAAAAGAAACCGUUCCUGAUUUUAAUUUGGAAGCACGGCAAGUUUCUGGAGCGCAGACACAUCAAACGUUUCACCGAUAAAAAAUUCUCGCCUUGGGAGAAUUGUACGGUAAAAAAGUGCGUGUUGAGCUACCGAUCGGAAGAUAUAGACACGGCCGACGCGGUCGUGUUUCAUUUGCAUUUGACGCGAAACGCGAUGGAAUUGCCGGCUAGAACUCGAUGGGAUCAAAGAUGGAUAUUUUUGACCGACGAAUCGCCGAUCCAUACGUUCCUCUACGGGAAUCAGGAACUAUCCACGUACAACGGUCUGUUCAACUGGUCGAUGAGCUAUCGGAUGAACAGCGACGUGCCGGUGCCUUACGGACGAACAGUUUCUAGAUCGUUCAUAAAUUCGCCGAGCAUAAACUUCCCGAGCAGGGAACCGAUCGUGAAGAUGAAAACGAAACUGGUCACAGUGAUGGGUAGCAAUUGCGCGGGCGUGAACGGGCGAUGGAAUUAUAUCAAGCGAUUGAAGGAGAUCCUUGGUACCGAUCUCGACGUGUACGGCAGAUGUCUGAACGGCAACGCGACCGCGUGCCCGGGUCAUUUCGACAGAGAUUGUCCAGUUUUGAACGCGUACAAGUUUUAUCUAGCUUUCGAGAAUUCCAAUUGUAAAGAUUACAUCACGGAGAAAGUAUUUUGGCACGGUUAUCACAAAUUAGCGGUGCCGGUGAUAAUGGGCGCGCCGAAGAAAGACUGCGAGCGAUUAUUACCGCCGCGUUCGUUCCUUCACGUUACCGAUUUCGCCGAUCCAUCUGCUCUGGCCAAUUAUAUCAAGUACCUUGGCCAACACAAUGACAAGUAUCUCGAAUAUCACGAGUGGCGAAAAUAUUACAAAGUGAUCAAUGAACACGGCUACUUCGGCAGUGUUUCGACCCAUUAUUGCCGCAUCUGCGAGGCCCUACAUUACAAUCCUCCUACGACCAAAGUGUACCGACACAUGGAAUCGUUUUUUGACAAAAAACGCGAUUGUGUCCUGUGACACAUGAUUCUUAUUAAUCGUGGUGCAUUAAAAUGUUGCUUUACUAUCCCAAUGUUACGUGUUCAAUUAUAAUAAACUUGGUCGAUCCUUGACACUA